UAAACGUGUCGUAGAAAAUGGCGGAAAUCAUCGUGAAAAACAAACUUAACCUGAUCAAAUGGCUUAGUUCGGAUCAUGUAAUUCUUUUGCAACAUGUUCAAGUUAAUCAACUUAUACCAACGGCUCAGUAUAGAGAACUGAUGGACAUGACCGGUAAAGACAGAGUCGUUAUCAAACUUCUGGACAUUAUCCUUGGAAAGGGUGAAAAUGUGUGUCGAGAUUUUUUGGAUUUGUUAAAAAAUGAUGAUGUGAAUGAAUUUUAUCCUGAGCUCAGAGAAUGGAUCAAAACAGUGGACACUAAAGAGACUGCAACCAUGACAGGACAAUCAGGCACCAAAGUAAACAGCAAAAUCUCUGCAUCUGGUGGCAGCGUUGUAUAUUCGCCUAUCAUAACUGAUACAAGUCAAGGCUCCAUUGAAAUGCAUAUGACUGUUGCACCCUCUGGCAGAAUUGACCAGAAACCUGAUAGAGACUGUGAACACAGGCCAAUACAAGAUUAUCAGAAGUUUCUAAAAAAAAACUUAAGUCUGUUGGUUCAAAACGUGAAGAACAUUGAUCCAAUUAUUGAUGAUCUUGACCUACAUGAUGAAUCAGUUACAAAUAUGAGAGCAAAGCCCACAGAUCAAGAUAAGAUGAGGAAACUGCUUACCUGUGUGAAUUGUGAAAGCAUUGCUAAGGACCUGUUCAACGCUCUGUGCAAGCAUGAAAAACAUCUAAUGAAUGAACUACUGAACAGCUACUGAAAGUUGUAUUAUUUACCCACCAGAUUAGCAGCAUGUUAUUAAAUGAAAUGGAAUAUUGUACUGUCAAUGCCAACUAUACAUUUUUUAAAAGUUUUUUUAAAAAGUGAUUGUUCCUGGAGUUUUCCUUUUUUAUAUAAAUUGAGAACCAAGUACUGUAUAUUGUACAAACAAGAGUACAUAUGACCAAACAUGUCAGGGAUAUAUAUGCAUUUUACAUAUUAACCUUUUGUAUAGUUUGUACUGCUUUAAAGUUUUUUUAUUGUUUCUAAAUAUAAAUAUUUUAAUGUUGAUUUUAAAUUGUUUAAACA